UUGAAGGUGUUCUUCAUGGCUUUAAUUAAAGAUAUGCUGCUCGCCAAAUUGCGUCAACUUGAGUGUCACUUCACCUGGGGUUUGAAUGACGCCGACUUAAAUGAUCAACAGAACAGGCUAAAAAGCAAGAUUGAAAUGUCAGUGGGAGAGGACAGGAAUAUCGGAUGGUCAUACAGUAAUCUGGCUUUCACAAAGUUCAUGCAAGGUCUCCUUGAGGAAGCACGGGAUGACUUGGAAAAGGCUGAGGAGCACAUCAGGAAGCAUCAUGGUGACAACUGUGAGAGGCAGCUCAUUGUUACCUAUGGCAAUUUUGCAUGGGUGUAUUAUCAUAUGGGUGAGCAUGCACAAUCCCAGACCUACCUGGACAAGCUGGAGAAGAUUAAGAUGCAGUUUCCUACAGAAUCCCCUGCUGUUCUCCAUCCUGAAAUCUACGGGGAAAAAGGCGGGGCAUUCAUGAGCUUCUCUCAACAAUACUAUGAGAAAGCAAAAGAGUGCUUUGAGAAGGCGCUGGAGUUGGAGCCAGAAGAGAUAGAGUGGAAUGAGGGUUAUGCUGUGGCUCUGUAUCGCACCGAGUUCAAUCUCACAAGCUUUGAAGAGUCCCCAGCAAGCAGGCAGUUGAGGCGGGUUUUAGAACUUGAUCCAAACAAUGCUUACAUGAUGGUUCUGCUGGGUCUGAAGCACGCUGACUAUAAAGAGUAUCAGAGAGCCGAGGAGCUGAUGGAAACAGCCAUGGACUUGGAUCCCAACAAACCCUAUGUGAUACAGUAUGUGGCAAAGUACUAUCGGAGAAAUAAGAAAUUUGAUAAGGCCUUGUCUCUUUUGAAAAGGCUGCAGGAAAUGACACCCAAUUCAGCCUUUGUGCACCAUCAACUCGGUCUGAUCUACAUGAGUAAAAGACAGAUGUCAAUCCAGGAUGGAGGAGAAGAGGCUGAAGCUCUUCUCACACUGUGCUUCCAACACCUGAAUCAGGCCAUCUCCAUUAAACCCUCCUUUGUAUAUGCCAAGUUAGAUUUAGCAGCGUGCUAUGCAGAGAAGAAGAACUUCAGGAAAGCAGAGGAGAUGUUUCAAGAAACAUUUAAAGUGGCUACUGCUAAUAAUGACAGUCUGCAUGUUGUAGAGGUCCGUUACGCAGAUUUCCAGCUCUACCAAAUGAAAUCAGUGCCCUUGGCUAUUAUGCACUACAAGGAAGGGCUUACACUGCAGAAAGAUACAGCAGAGGGGAAAAGGUGUGCACAGCAACUCAAAAAACUUUUGAGAAACCCACAUGAUGGCGAAGCUUAUGGGCUUCUGGGUUAUGUUCACGAAAUAACAGGUGAAAAACUUCAAGCUAUUGAGUGCUAUGAGAAGGCCCUUCUGCUUGACCCUGGUAACGAGGAGUACCUCACUGCUCUGCGCAAUCUCCGUUAACUCCGGAAAUGACAUCAACAUGUUUAAAUGCAAAGGCCAUUUAAAUGGCAUUCACCGCAAAAGCUUUUGUUUGUUUUCAUUUAUUUCCUCACUAGCCACUUUUGGACUGCAAUAUUAUUAUUAUUAUUAUUAUUAUUAUUAUUAUUAUUAUUAUUAUUAUUUCCUGAGUGUCAUGUUAAAUAUAUGUUUUUAAAAGAAUGUUAACUGUGUUUGUUAAUUGUUAAUUGUAAAAAUUGUUAAAUGUAAUUAUUAAUCUGAUGAAAGGAUUACUGUUGCUUGCUUUUGCUGUUACAAUUGUGGUAAUAAAUAUUGAAAUUAA